GGAGGAAUUAGUGACUUUUUGGUUUUUGAACAACAGCAAUGUCACGGCCGGUACUUAAUGUCAGAGCAAUCCUUUUGAAUCAGAACAAUCUGACACAAUAACUGUCAAAAUGUGAUAUAUUUAUUUAACACGUUCCCCCUUAUUUGACUAUAUCUCAUUCGUGACAUCAGCUGUUAGAAUUAAGGCUAAAAACUGAAUGAAUAUGUAGGAAUGACAACAUUAAAAAUAACAUUUUUUUUUUUAAAUAACAUGAAACUUUUUGUUCUUUUACUAAGUUUUAAAAAUGAAAACUUUUCUUUACAACAGCUUUUACAACUUAUUUCUAUAAAUAAUGAUGGAAACAGGUCAUAAAGUGCCACCAUAUCUGAAUAAGCCCAGUGGAUUUUCUCCAUAAUGCUGGAAAUAGUAAAUAUGUACUUUGUAUUGGCUCAUAUGUGAAGCCUGAUAGUGUGUGUGUGUGUGUGUGUGUGUGUGUGUCUCGGGGCAAAACAUACCCCGCCCCCUUUAUGCUAAUUAAGGCCUCCCAUUGGCGUGUCAGGGGUGCAGGCCGCCUCUGAUUGGCCAGGUCGAAGCCAUUUAUUCGCUGACAGCCUCGUCACAUGAAUGGUUGUCUAUUAACUUGUUCAAAAACUAUCUGGAGUUGUCAAGGCUCAGGACGGACGGAGGCGAAAAAAGUACAGUUUUUGUUGAUGCUUUUUUUUUCCGGGAGAAGCGACGGGAGAAGUUUUGUGGACACAACAUAGAAGGGACCUAUUGGGAGAAGGCUCUUUGUCACACACACUCACAUACACUCUGACACACACUCAGUGAGAGGCAAAGAGAGAGAGAGUGAGUGAGGGAGAGAGUGUGUGGAGACGCGGCUUGGUGCUGGUUGUUUUUUUUCGUCCAGAGGAAAAAAAGUUGCAGAGAACAAAAUCGACAGGUAACUUCGCGUUCAGCUUGUCUCUUUUGCUUUUUCCCCUCUGCUUCGGGAGCUCCCACUCCAAAAAAAAAGCUGUUCCUGAUGUAUAACAUGAUGGAGACUGAACUGAAGCCCCCAGCUCCCCAGACCAACACGGGGGGCUCGGGCAACACCAACUCGUCCGGCACCGGUGCCAACCAGAAGAACAGUCCGGAGCGGGUCAAGAGACCCAUGAACGCGUUCAUGGUGUGGUCCCGGGGCCAGAGGAGGAAGAUGGCGCAAGAAAACCCCAAAAUGCACAACUCGGAGAUAAGCAAGAGGCUGGGCGCGGAGUGGAAACUUCUGUCGGAGAGCGAGAAGAGACCUUUCAUCGACGAAGCCAAGAGGCUGCGGGCCCUGCACAUGAAGGAGCAUCCGGAUUACAAAUACCGGCCCCGGCGGAAAACCAAGACCCUCAUGAAGAAGGACAAGUACACCUUGCCCGGCGGGCUGCUGUCUCCCGGAGGUAACGGGAUGGGAGGUGGGGUCGGUGUAGGGGUCGGGGCCGGGCUGGGCGGAGGAGUGAACCAGAGGAUGGACAGCUACGCGGCACACAUGAACGGCUGGACCAACGGUGGUUACGGUAUGAUGCAGGACCAGCUGAGCUACCAGCACCCGGGGCUUAACGCGCACAACGCGGGCCAGAUGCAGUCCAUGCACCGCUACGACAUGAGCGCGCUGCAGUACAACACCAUGACGAGCUCCCAGAGCUACAUGAACGGCUCGCCUACCUACUCCAUGUCCUACUCCCAGCAGAGCACGCCGGGGAUGACCGCCCUGGGCUCCAUGGGACCCUCCUCGGUGGUAAAGUCCGAGUCCAGCAGCUCCAGCCCGCCCGUUGUCACCUCGUCAUCCCACCGGGCCGCCCCCGGCUGCCAAAGCGGGGAUCUGAGGGACAUGAUCAGCAUGUACUUGCCCGGGGCGGAGGUCAGCGAGCAGAGCGCCCAGACCCGGCUACACAUGUCCGGGCACUACCAGAGUACCGUGCCCGGUACGACGAUCAACGGCACGCUGCCGUUAACACACAUGUAAGCAGACAGAGAGAGAGAGAGAGAGAGAGAGAGAGAGAUAGAUAGAGAGAGAGAAAAGAACUUUUAUAAGAGAAACUGUGGACUAUUAACGUUGGACUAUUUUUGUACAGAAAAAUUUCGGGGUGGGAAAAAGUUGUAUAGAAGUCUCCAAGAAAAAGGACACACGACUCUUUUAUUCUUUCAUUUUAUUCUACGGAAGCUCUAGAGGAACUUAGGAGACCCCCCCCCCCCUCUCUUCACUUGGUGGAUGAAGUUUGGAAGACUAGAAAAGAAAGUGGGAGUCGCAAUCAAAUGUUUUAUUAUUGCAAUCAUCUUUUGUACAGUAUUUAUCAAAGAAACAUUACAAUCAGAUGAAAUUGUUUGUUAAACUGCAAGAGGUUGCAUUUUUUCUUUUCUUUUUUUUUUAUAUAUAUAUAUAUAUAUAUAUAUAAAGGCAACGUCGGUUCUGCAGAAAAUAUUAAAAAGUGAAAAUGGCAGAACUGCAAUUUAUAGGAGCGAUCAGUUAUGCUCCUUUAUUACUGCAUAGAUUGGAAAGAAAAGGGACAUAAAACGAAGCAGGUAAUACUGUUUUUUUUUAUCAUUUAAAGGUUACUAAACAUUUAAUUUCUUAUAUUAAAAAAAAGGAAGAUAAGACACUUUUUUUUUCUCUCAUACAGCUUAAAAUAUAGGUUGUUAAUUUAUAUUUCCAUUUCCGUCUCCCACUUUUCAUCUGUUAGAGGUAUGACGCUCUUUAUUUUCUAAUUGAUUUGUACAAUUUCUGUAUAUUUACUGUGAUAUUUUUAAGUUUUUAUUUCCAAACAUUCAUUCCCGUAGUUGUAAUUUUAAAAAUUGUGGCCCUGUACGCAGAAGCCAACCCACUCCAUGUAAAUAUAUACCGGAACUAAUACCAUCCUUAUAACAGGUACAAUUUCAACUGAGUAUAUUAUUUUUCAAUAUGCAGUUUGAAAUGAAUAAAUUUUGGAAAUUUGGAUA